UUCCAAAAGUCUUAUGAAUGACGUGAAUAUUUGUUCUACUUUUUAGCAGCAAAUAUAUAUUAUAUUUUAAUCACAUAUAUUUAUCAUAAUAUCCAACCGAACUUAACCUUUUUGUGCACUUUAUGCAUCUUCAUAUUUCCAUUAUUUCAUAUCCCGGAAUAUGACCAGUAUUCUUUUUUUUAUAAAAAAAGCAAAACGUGAUUUCUCAAGUUAUUCUUAAAAGUAAUUCAACUAGAAUUUAUGUCAUUGAAUUAUUAUCAAGUUUAUAUAUAUUGGUGAAAAAUUAUGCUAGAGUGUUCAGCAUUUCAGUGUAAAAUAGAGAUGCUUUUUUAAAUCGCUUAUAUUAGAAAAAUGGCUAAUCAAAUUCACAGUAUUGGCAAUAGUGAUUAUCAUAAUGAUCUUUUAACAAAAUAUCACGUAAUAUCUGCAAAAUUGAAGAAACGAUUUUUAAGAAAACCAAAUGUCACAGAAGCUAGUGAACAAUUUGACAAUUUAGCCAUUGAAUGUGAUCAAAAAGAAUUAUGUCAAUAUGCUGGCCUGUGUUGGUUAGCAGCUGCACGUUGUCAAGGCACAUUAGGAAAUGUAUUGGCAGAAAUAAAUUUCUUAACAAAAGCAGGACGAUCAUUUAUUAUCGCUAAAAAUAAAAAUAAUCAAAUUGGAUGUUCUUAUUCAGGAGAAGAGAAUUUGCAGGCCGCAAUAAAUUGUUUUGGACAUGCGUUAACACGUUGUCAAAGUCAAGAAGGUUUUAGUAUGAUGUCUGCAAGUCUUGCAAUGGAAUUAGCAUCUGCUUUAGAUAUUAAUGGCAUUUCAAAUUUACGUAAAUCUGUUGAAAUUCAUCCAACUUUACGGGCAAUUAAUACACUUUCAUCAUAUUAUAUUAAGCAAGAUGAUUAUGCCGGUGCUCUUCAUGUCUUAACAGAAUUGGUCGAAUUUCUAACGGCUAAUAAUGUCAGCGUAAGAACAUCUGGAAGUUAUAUGUCAAUUUUACAAAGAUGUGAAAUGACCAGAGUAUUAUUACUGUUAAUAUUACAACCAACUCCACAAAGAUUAUCUCAUUCACAAGCUCAAGUUUUGGAAAAAUAUGCCUGGAUAGAAGAAAAUUCUAAUAUUGGAUUCAGAAUGGACGAAAAUGAAAUGUUAUUAUUGCAAUCUUUAGUUUUAGCAUGUCAAUCUCGUGAUUAUCAGGCUUUAUUGGAAUUAGAGGGAGAACUUUGGAGUAUCAUGAAUAUAGAGCAGAAAGGAUUGUUAAACAAAUUGUUACAAACUUUUAAUAAAGAUUGAUUAUAAAUUAUA